AUGCCUUCUGUAACAAUCUCUAAGCUGGAGCAUGGCGUACAGUUGGCAGGACGAUGUAUCCAACCAACGGCCACACCGUGGAAUGGGAGGUUGACAAGCUCCCUGUCUUGGACACCCAUGUCAAUCGCUCUGCUGACCACUUCUCUAUAUACAGAAACCCUUGCACAGUGGUAUGUACAGCUACACAGAAAACUAACUAUCGUUAGAAGGGGUGUUGAAAAAUUCAGUAACGAACGGAAGCUUACGGACAACAGCCCCAUCCAUACCAGCCGUACUGUCCAAGAUUGGUUUCGUGAACAUCCCGACAUUGUGCUUCAGUCACAUCCACCCAGAUCUCCGGAUCUCAAUCCGAUUGAAAACAUGUGGGCAGCCAUGUCAAAAUACAUGCAUCAAGACCACACUCGUAAUCGUGUCGCAGUCGUGAACAAUGCCUCGCAAACAUGGGAACGUCUAUGA